AUGGCACUUGCAAACGCAAUGUCAGUGUCUUUGGUGUCGAGUAAUGUGUGUUUUGGUGGCAAACAAGAGGUGUAUAGCCAUGAGAGCCGAGAAGUGAAGUGCAAAAUGAGUUUUUCGGUGUAUAUUCCGCCCAAAGCGACGGACGGCACGAAAGUACCGGUGCUUUACUGGUUGUCUGGGCUCACGUGUACUGAACAGAACUUCAUCAUUAAGUCAGGCUUUCAAAGGUAUGCCUCCGAAGAGGGGGUCGUAGUUGUGGGUCCGGACACCAGUCCGAGGGGUCUUCACAUCGAUGGCGAAGAAGACGAUUAUGACUUCGGAACCGGCGCUGGUUUUUAUGUGGACGCGACUCAAGACAAGUGGAAAAACAAUUAUCGCAUGUUUUCUUAUGUCACUCAAGAGUUGAUACCAAUUAUUGAGCAAAACUUUCCUGUUAUAAGUGGCUGUCAAUCGAUAUGUGGCCACAGUAUGGGCGGUCACGGGGCCAUCGUUUGCGCCCUUAAAAACCCGGGUCUUUACAAAUCUGUGUCCGCUUUUUCGCCGAUCGCUAAUCCAUCGAAAGGAAAAUGGGGUCAAAAAGCCUUCACUGGAUAUUUGGGUAACGAUCCCAAAGACUGGGAGGAAUGGGACUCAACUUAUUUGGUCCAGAAAUAUAACGGACCGCCACUUAAUCUCCUCAUAGAUCAGGGUUCGGACGACACUUAUUUAGCCGAAGACCUGAUGGGCAAGAAUUUAGUGGAUUCGUGUGCUUUGGCUAACGUUCCGGUCAUUUACCGAUUACAAGAAGGAUACGAUCACUCCUUCUUCUUUGUGUCCACUUUUAUCGGUGAACACAUUAGACAUCACUCGAAGGCUUUUGACGAGAAUGUGGUGACCGAACAGCCAAUAACCGCCACAACUGUGGGCACCACUGAAUUCAGUCUAUUUGGUCCGUCGAGUGCCGACGGCGCCAGUCUUGACAUACUUAAGAAUUAUGAGGCGUUGAUUGUUAAACAAGAGGUCGAUAUUAUGGGACAGAUGUGUGAUAAAUAUUUGAACGGCAAGACUAUACUGACCGCUACCGAGGAGGAGGAGAGUUGUUGUUCGUGUAAUUGUUGCCGAAGGGGUCGACGGUUUGAAAUGAAACUAACGGAUGAAAAGGGACGCGAAGUACUCAGACUUAAAAUGAAGAACCAUUGCUGCGGUCAGUGUUUCUGUUUCUGCAGAUACGAAAAACUUCAAGUAUUUUCUCCGACCGAUAGUAAGAUCGGAAGUAUUGAAGAGUCGUGUAAUUGUUUCCACAAACAACUUAUGGUAUAUUCACUCUCUAAUUCGGAUCCAAUAUAUUCUGUGAAUGGGCCCAACUGUCAGAGUUGUCGGUGUUGUUGUACGGGAACUACAUUUUCGAUCAACAAUUACUCGACGGAUGAAAAGUGCGGUACUAUUGCUAAGAAAUGGUCGGGUCUGGCGAAGGAAGCCCUCACUUAUGCCGACAAUUUUUGUGAUUUAAUGUAUUUCGAAAAGAGUCCCAAAAAAGAUGACGACGACGACUGAAUCUAAUCUUCUCAUUAAGUUUAAAGUCACACAAAACUAACGCAACAAUGAUUUUGGGUUUCUUUUAUUCUACAAUUU